UAGGAAAAAACAUAAUGAGGUCUCUCAGUGGAGUUGAGUGUACUCAGCUACUCUCUCAUUAACCUAACGUAGCAGUCGUAAAAGAAACUCUCGCAUUGACCUGAAUGCGCAUGGUCAGUGCUUUGGUGUGAUUGAUGUCGGUUUAUGUGUCUGAGCAAGAUCAGCUGCAGUUCAUGUAUUGCAGAAAGAAGUUUUACGGCGAGACUAAGCGUUGAAGUAGGACAUUUAGAAAAUAAUCAUCGGAUACGGAAACAUAAUAUGUCGGUGAAUAAACCUAAGAAAGUAAAAAUGGCUACCAAAUCAUGUCCUGAGUGCGACCAACAGAUUCCAGUUGCUUGCAAGUCUUGUCCCUGUGGCUAUGUAUUCAUUAGUCGAAAGCUUCUAAAUGCCAAACUGAAUGAGAGAUCACCACCAGCUAUAGACAAGUUGGAAGCAAAAAGGAGGAGAACAGAAAGAAUUCGCAGAGAGAAGAUCAAUUCUCCAUCAACCAAUGAUAUGGAGAACCGAAGGCGAUGCCGCUCCAACAGCCAAUCGGAUCCGAUACGGAGAGGGCGGGGCAGGCCAAAGACAGUUGGGCUUAAAAAGCAGGAGGAGGAGAAAGAAAAAAUUGAGAAAGAAGUUGAUAUCUACGCCAACCUCUCGGACGAGAAAGCAUUUGUGUUUUCAGUGGCAUUGGCCGAGAUCAACCGAAAGAUCCUGGGCCAAAGGCUGAUUCUGUAGGCCGGAUGAAUGCUGUGAGGGAUUAACAUGUGAAACCUCAGAUUGUUACUUUGGAGAGACCUACAGGUGCCCACCACAGUGUGUCUAGCAGGGCAUGACCUCUGAUCCAAAGAACUCCCUUUCGCAUUGGGCUAAGACCUUCGGACAUUUUGGAAAACAUGGAGAUUCUGGCCCUUUGUCUGCUCAAGAAGAAAAGUUGGAACCAACUUUAGAGAUUCUAUAGCCAUUGGAAUUGGGGGGUAUAGGAAGUCUGACAUUUUUUAUAUAUAUAAAUAUAAAUGUAUAAAAUAUGGAUUAGGAUUCAUCACCCUGUCAUCCAGGAAUCCAAGCAGUCAGUAAUGAAUGAAAAUUAAUAAUAAUUUAAAAGGGCUUACAUUUGUUGAAGUUUGGAGGGCCAUCCUAGCAUUGUAACUGGCUUCUAUGACAGAAUUGACUUGUAAGGCUAGUAUAAGCUGUUUAUUUGUAAAUCAAAAUGCCAUUGGAACAUGAUGUUCAAUAUAUUUUGUAUCAUGCUUUGGACUUUGGGAGGAGGCCUUGUACAUUUCUAUUUAUGAUGCCUGUGUACAACCUUAAUUUAAUUAAGAUUAUUUCAUCUUAUGUUUCAUUAUUGGUGACAGUAUAUUAUAUUGGUGACAGUAUGUAAUAUUCGCUCUUGACAAUAACAUAAUUGUUAAAAGCAAAUCUAUUUAAACGCGACUUGUUUUGUCAUUAAAAUGAAUAAAUCUCAA